AUGACUGAGCAUGAAGCUUCCAAAUCAAAUGGCAGCGGAGAAGGAGCUUCAUACUCAAGAAAAGCCAGGACAUUUGUACAAAAAACAAAACUUGUUGAUAAAGUUUUCCCGCUUUUUGAUCAAAUGAUAAAAAUUGUACAUUUUCCGAAAUGGAUUACGGUUAUUAUCUCCAUUUUUGUUGAAUUGCAAGUAUUAUCAGUUGCAUUAUGGAUUUACACACCAAUUUAUUCGCGAACAAGUGGAGGUUUUACUAAAUAUUAUGAAAUUUUGAACUACAUUUUUUCUUUUCAAAAUCCUCUUGAUCAAUCACGAACAGAUGGUAUCCACUUAAUUAUUUCAGCAUGCUUAGCUGUAGCUACACUCGUAAUAAUUUUUUCAUUGACCAUUUACGCAAGUUAUUUCUACCAAAUCGCACCCGUGUAUCUCUACAUCAGUGCAAUAAUUCUUGAUAUCAUUGAUCCAAUUUUUAUCAUACCAUCCGCCAAGUGCGAGUUCAACGAAUUGGUAAAGAUAUAA